AUGUUCAACAUCUCGAACCUGGUGCAGAAGGCCCAACAGUACAUUGAACCCACGCUCAACACCAUCGCUGCUCCCGCAUCCACAGACCGACGGCCCUCGAAAGCCACCCUCUUUCGCUACCAGUUCCGACUUCCCGACUCGCAGAAUCCCCUCCAGGAGAUCACCGCCGAGCUUACACUCCAACCCCACCACUCCACGAGGGGUAACGGCGACGUCACAUCCGACAAGGACCGCGGCCAGGGCAACCAUUAUGUCGGCAAACUACAUCUUAGCGAGCAGUAUCUCUGCUUCUCAACGCAAGGCUCAAGCUUCAUCAACACUGCGAGCUUGAGCUCCUCGAGCAGCUUCACAGGCCAGACCCACGGCGCGGGACCGGCGGGCAACGGUUUCACCCUACCACUAUGCGGUAUACGGCGCGUAGAGCGCCUGCACAGCCAGAGCUAUAUGUUUGCCCUCGCAAUUACCACAUGGAACGGCACACCAGACUCCAAGUCACAAGCACCUGCUGGGCAGAAGCUUACAAUUCAGCUUGCUGGCUCGCGGCAGGCAUGCGAGCGGUUUUGCGAUGGCCUUAAGAAGGGCUUGAGGGAAGGUGUCAAGGAGGUAGAGAAUCUACGCAAGGUGGUCGCUCAGUGCUACUCCGAGUAUCUACUCACCGAUGACGAGGGAAAGAAGCCGGGCGCGGAUGGCAAGCCGGGGAGGGAACAUCCAGAUACAGGCUUGGGCAUGAUAUUCAGAUACCCUGGAAAUGCAAGGAAACUCAGAGAUGCGACAAAAAUACGUCUCUGGCGUGAAUACUUGAAAGACAACGGCCGAAGCGCAACCCUGAUCCGACAGCCCACCUUCCACAAACUUAUCCGCGUCGGUCUACCCAAUCGUUUAAGAGGUGAAAUGUGGGAACUCACGUCGGGGGCCUUUUUUCUACGCCUACAAAAUCCGAACCUAUAUACCGAAACAUUACAAAAAUACUCUGGGCGAGAGUCGCUGGCUAUAGAUGAGAUUGAGAAGGAUCUGAACAGGAGUUUGCCCGAGUACCCAGGCUUCCAGAGUGAAGAGGGUAUUGGCAGACUCCGAAGGGUGUUGACGGCAUACAGCUGGACAAACGAAGAAGUUGGCUACUGCCAGGCGAUGAACAUUGUAGUCGCAGCAUUAUUGAUAUACAUGUCCGAAUCACAGGCAUUCUUCCUUCUCUCUGUGCUGUGUGAUCGCCUUCUUCCCGGCUACUACUCGCAAACCAUGUACGGCACCCUCCUCGACCAAAAGGUUUUCGAAUCCCUUGUGGAGAAGACUAUGCCCAUACUCUGGGAUCAUCUCGUCAAAUCUGACGUACAGCUAUCCGUUGUUUCCUUGCCAUGGUUUCUUUCGCUCUAUAUCAACUCUAUGCCUCUGAUCUUUGCUUUCCGUGUUCUAGACGUCUUCUUCCUCGAAGGCCCAAAGGUUCUCUUUCAAAUCGGCCUUGCUAUCCUCCGUAUAAACGGUGAAGAAUUACUCGACGCCGCAGACGACGGCUCUUUCAUCUCCGUCUUGAAGUCUUACUUCUCUCGGCUCGACGAAUCCGCACAUCCAAAGUCGGAAAAUCCCAAGCUGCGUGCUGUCACGCGAUUUCAGGAACUCAUGGUUGUGGCCUUUAAGGAAUUUGCUGGCAUCACGCAAAACACCAUUUCGGAGCAGCGCGCCAAACAUAAAGACGCUGUACUAGAGAAUAUAGAGAGUUUUGCCAAACGCACAUCAAUAAGGAACCUUGGUCCAGACAGCAAAAAGUUAAGUUUAAACGACCUGGGAUUCCUGUACGAUAGGUUCUACGCCGUACUCUACGAGCGACAACAACGAGCCGAGAUUAUGCAGCAAGAAGCUGAGCGUAAAGCAAAGGCUAGCAGGAUGAAAGCGACUGAAGUCGUCACAGGUAUUUCCGGCAGUGCGGAGAAGGGUCGAGUAGCGCUCGGGCCCAGUCCUACACAGAUGGAUUACGAUGCCUUUAGAGAAUUUCUUGCUGGUAUUGCAAAAUGGGCCAUUACCGACUCACCAACCUCUCCGCCUGAAGCCAGCAGUAACCAAAAUGCACAUUCAUACUUUGGAAACAGUAUGAGAAAACGACCGCCCAUGUCCCCAUGGGGCUCAGGACCAGAGCCUGCAGACCACGAAUUCAUGCGCCGCUUGUUCCGACGUUGGGAUGUCGACAUGACAGACUCAUUGUCGCUGCAGAAUGUUGUCACUGGCUUUGCCAAUGUUAAGGGGACUAAAGACAUCAUGUCCAACAUUAGCUACUUCUUUGAGCUUUACGACGAUGAUGGCGAUGGCAAAGUAGAUCGCGAGGGCAUUCUGAGGAUCUCAGAGGCCCUCUUGUUCUUAUCACGGCGCGGCAUACACGACCCAAGUCCUGCUGCUUCAUCGCUCGACGUUAGUUCUGGGUCCGGCUCGGAGCGCGCUGGCCGUGAUGAGCAGUUUUUGAGCAGCGUGUCUGCAUUUAUUCGCAAUUGCUUUGAAUAUGCCGACCCUGAUCACCCCUCGAACCAAGCAGGCCGAGAUAUGGAUCAGAUCAAGGACGACGUUGACAACUUUGCUAUUGGCGACAGCGACGAAGACGACCUGAUAGACUUUGGCUCCGAGCCUGGCACUCCAAAAGCAAAACCAGCGAAACUUGAAAAGUCGGAACAUAAUCCAUUGUCGCCCACACCCUCUAACCGUACUAUGGAUUCUGAUCUGGAAGGACGAAGCGAGAAAGCAAAGUCAGCAAAUCUGGCGCUGGACCCUAACAAGCCUCUCCAUAUCACGCUGCCCACCUUCCGUAUGGUCAUUCUCGCAGAUGAAGCAUUACUAAACUUCUUUGAGGUUGGCUUCUCUUCAUCGUUCCGCCUCGCUGAUGAGACGCUUCCUUCGGCGUCUAGCUUCCACAAUCUCACAACCUUUGCCAAUGCCGGAAAGCAAGGUGGUGCCGCAGGCUUAGGUGGUGUUGUUGGUGGAGCUGGGGUCGGUGUUGUACCACCUGGCAAGGGGCUUCGAGGCAUGCUUGACAAUAUUGUCAAUGAUGGCAUGCGAGUUGCCACAGAGGUCAGAAGACGGUAUGACGAGGCUCAAAAGGAACUGGACAAGGAAGCACGACAUGGCAAGGAUGACGAAGAGGAGGAGGAAGACGUAGAUGCCAAGGAUCUUGAUCUGCUUGAAGGUGCUGAGACGGCUGGCGUGGGUGCAUCAAAGGGCGAGGUUCCACCUGACUUGCUAUCACCGACUGGCACAGGAGAUGAGGAAAUGAAGCCGAGAGAUCGAACAGGGAGCGAUGCUAGCAAAAAGCCUCCACUGCUCGAACAAACUGUUCCCCAGCACUUUGCAGGUGUUGUGAAGCAGUAUGGUGACCGUGAUGCGGUCAUCUCACACCAUCAGCGCAUACGGCUGACGUACGAUGGGCUGGAUCGCGACUCGAACAGGUUAUCAAGAGGAUUACAGAAUCUGGGAGUGAAGAAGGGAGAUAGGGUUGCUGUGAGCUUGGGAAACAAUAUUGAAUUUGCUACUAUUACGUAUGCGCUUUUCAAACUGGGAGCAAUACUGGUACCCCUCAAUCCUUCUUUUAACGCACCGCAAGUCCUAAACGCCAUCAAUCACUUAGACGCUUCCCAUCUUAUAAUUGGAGCUGAAACAAACCUUCCACGAAAAGACCCGCGCCCCAACAUCUCGUUACUUACACACUUGAUACCUAAUCUUGCCGGUUCAAAAGUCGAGUCGGAGCUCGUUCCUUCGCUAAAGAAGGUUGUGGUGGUGGACAAUGCCCAAGGGAGGAUAAAUAUGGACGAGUAUAAGUGCCUGGGAAGAUACGAGGAUGUGAUUGAGGAUGGUGGCCAAGGUUUAGCAUUGCAGGAUCAAGGACUCGACCCUCAUGAUAUUGUCAACAUCCAGUUUACUUCGGGUACAACCAGUAUGCCAAAAGCUGCAUGCUUGACCCAUAGGAGUAUUUUGAAUAAUGGCAACAGUAUCGGUGAUAGGAUGCUGCUGACAGAGAACGACAUUAUAUGUUGCCCGCCUCCGUUGUUUCACUGCUUCGGAUGCAUCCUCGGAUACAUGGCCACAGCAACUCAUGGAAGCGCUAUAGUCUUCCCCACUGAGGCUUUCAACGCGCUUGCCACCCUUGAGGCCGUCCGAGAACACAAGUGUACUGCCCUAUAUGGAGUUCCCACCAUGUUUGUGGCGGAGCUCGAACUCCUCGCGAAUGGUGCAGUACCAUACGAAGGCUUCCAACACUUACGCACUGGAAUCGCAGCCGGCUCUUCCAUUCCAGCCGAGCUCAUGCGCAAGCUUCAUAAAAUACUGAACCUGACGGAACUUACUAUUUGCUAUGGAAUGACGGAAACAAGCCCAGUCUCAGCCAUGACAACCACGGAUGAUCCUAUUGAGAAGCGCAUCAACACUGUGGGCCGGCUUCUCCCACAUGUUCGCGCGAAAGUGGUCAACGCUUCAGACUGGUCGCAAACGCUUGACAUAGGCCAGCGUGGUGAACUAGCAGUCUCAGGAUAUCUCCUUAUGAAAGGUUAUUGGGGCGACACGGCGCGCACAGAAGAAGUACUUCAACAGGACGAGGACGGCGUCAUGUGGAUGCACACUGGCGAUGAGGCCUCCAUGGACGAGGAAGGUUACAUCAAAAUUACUGGAAGAAUCAAGGAUCUGAUUAUUAAGGGUGGAGAGAAUAUUCAUCCUCUUGAGGUCGAGAACUGUCUUUUCGCUCAUCCAGCCGUCAGCGAAGUCAGCGUCAUCGGGCUACCGGAUGAGAGAUACGGCGAAGUUGUUGCAGCUUUUGUCGUAAGACAUGCUGGAGAGGAUGGCAAAGUAACAGCCGAUGAGGUGAGGACUUGGGUCAGAGAGAAGCUGAGCCAUCAUUUGGUUCCGAAAUAUAUCUUUUGGGUAGACAAUUAUCCCAAGACGGCGAGCGGCAAGAUCCAAAAAUUCAAGCUUAAGGAACAAGGCAUUGCGCUGCUGCAAGAGGGCCAAGGGUUGAAUUAA